AAUCAAUGGCGCCAUUUUUGUUGUCUGCGAAUCAGGCACUCUUUUGAAUUUUUUAAUUUUUGUCAUCAUAUUUUAGAAGUAUUUUUCCACGAAAAGCAGUUUCGAUGCUCAUUCAAAUAAUGGAGAAUAAUGAAGAUAUCCUUCAAGCUCUACAUGGCACGUUUGAUAGAGAAAAUAUCACCUUUUGACAGUAAAUUCUAGGCCACAUUUUUAGACAAUCGUACUAACAUUUACGGUUCUUUUGAAACAGAGUUCGAGAACAUGUCGAAUGCAGAAAAAUUCUUAACACAAGAUCUUGAGGAUAUGCUCUCGUAUAUUGCCAAGACAGGCAGAGUGUUGUAAGUAUGUCUAUUAAGCUUAUAUUUAUGCCUCUUAAACCUUCGUUUGACAUGGGCGCGUGUUUAUGUCGUGUUUUGUCGACUGAAGGUCGCCAAAGUUGCUUUUGUUACAGGAUUUUUAUCACCUUUGUGAAAUUUAUUUCACCUAAGAGGGAUAAUGUAAUUUAAGUACAUUAAAACUGAACUUGUUUUGGAGUAAUAAUUUCAAUUUUUUUUUUCGUUUAUGAUUAACCUUCGUGAUCACCUCGCUUCAAUCAACUUUGGCCAGCGGUCCUUGUGAUGUAUGAUUGCGUAAUAUUUUUUGUAGUGCUUUUCAACUUUUUAUUUCACCCGUAUUUGAUAUGUCUUUUAAUUUUAAUUGGUAAGAUGUAAGAUUCCAUGUAACCCCAUACAUUUUUAGGCAUACAUGUUUCGACUCUAUUCAUUUUAAACUAUAUUGUGAGAUUAGAUUAAACUCCCACCACUCUGGAAAUUCCAGUUGAGGCUUAUGAUUUCCUGGAGCAACUUCAGAAUACCCGGCCACAUCAUUUACAUUUGUCGGAACACUUUAAAGAACGAGGUAUAACACAAUAGGCACUUUUGUUAUUCAAUGAUAUGCAAGAAGUUAUUCUGAAGUUUAGCCGAUUUCCUUUAUAAAUUGUUGACCUUUAAGAUUCUUCUCCCCCUUAGUAUUUUCAACCCUGACCCUCUGACGAUGACCCUCUGUGAGGUGUGUGUGUGUAGGGGGGUAUUUUCCUGAACGAUACACUGAAAGAUAAUGUUGAUAAUUGUCUAGGUAUUCCAGGUAUUCCUUUAAUUUUUCCCCAACUUUUUUUUGUGAUAGGUUUCCAUGGAAUUCUUUAAAACCAGUGUUCCUUUUUAAACUAGACAAGGUAAGGUGUAUAAAAUUAUACACACUUUUUCAUACCCUCAUUUUACCAUCAAAUAAUAUUAUUUCAGAUUCAUGAGUUUAAUGACUCUAGUUUAUCGACAUGACCUGAUCUCUUUGGCAUGUUCACCAGGUGAUGCGGGAAUUUUUUGAAAACAGUCCAUCUAGGAAUGCCACAUCAUCUGAGCCCACUGUUACCGCAGACUUUGAAGUGAUGAGGCAGAGACUUUUAGACUGCUUGGAUUCGUUUACCAGGUUACUGCAAUUCGUAUUUUAUAUGAAUAUUCCAUGCGCUAUAAAAAUGUGUACAGUCGGCUCUGGGAGGAGGCCCAACUCCCUAGGAUGUCUGUUUAUAUGUAUAAGAGUUACGGAUGAAAUCCUUUCUCAGGUUUUAGCCAGGUCAAGUAUACCCCCAUUGAUUCUAUUAAUUAGUUGAUUAUUAUUUUGAAAGAUAAAUCCUUUACAGUGGAACUUUGAUAUAGCAAGGGCCAAGGGACUAGCAAAAACUCUUUGAUAUAACAAGGUUUCAUUAUAUUGAGGUUCUUUUCCAUAUAUUUUACUAUAACUGGGGCAAAAAAUAUUGUUCAUUAUACCAAGGACUUUGUUAUAUAGAGGUUCAUUAUAUCAUGGUUCUAUUGUAUAUAAUUGAGAGUCAUAUCUGCAGCUAGUGUCUAAGUGUCAAUUCAAAUCUGCAUUCUUGAACAUGUAAUGAGCAGUGAAUGUUUGCAUAAGUCCACAACUUCUCUUUAUACAGUCAGAAUGAACGAUCCUUGAAUGGAAAAAAUUUUUCAUGAAACAUUUAUAUCAAAUUUAAGAAAAGUGAGGUGGAGGAAAUCUUAUAACUACCACUCUUGUGAGUAACUUUACUCUUCAAUAUGAAUGCAGUGAUGAAUCUGAAAUCUGCAGCUUCUAACAUAUUGAAUAUUUAAAAUAAUAAUCAUUAAUUAGAUAAAAUUAAUCCUUGUUGGGGGGGGUACACUUGACCUGGCUUCACUGUAAACUAAUACAUUAUUCAAUAAACUAACCCUUUUGCAUUACUAUGAAGGUUGAAUACCAGUUUAACCUGAGAACAGAUUUUAUCUACAGCAUAAGCACCUUACACCACUGUCUUGUUCUAGUGUACUACCUCAGUUAAUGUUUGCAACAGUUAAGGCAUAAAAUUUCUCAGUUUUAAAAAUUUUAAACAUGGUAAUUCUUUCUUGCUUUCCAGUGCUCCUUUCACCAUUCAGAGACUUUGUGAACUAAUGGUGGAGCCAAGAAAAAAUUACAGUAAUAGCGAAAAGUUCAUGAGAGGAGUAGAGAAAGUAAGAGAUAAUCAGAGCUACAACAAAUUUUGGACAUUGCUUUUUUAAGUCACUAGCAUGUAAAACUCAGAGCUGUCAAAAAGUUUUUAAGUAGCUGGCUAAUAAUGAAUAGUAGGUGGCUUUUGAACUCACACCAAAGGCACAAGUUCUUGAGGGCAGAGGUAGUAGGGGUAUUUUGAAAUUUAGAGUCUUGGAAAUGGCAUUUCCAGGGGUUUUCAAGAGGUAUUUCCACCAUGGAUGCCAUGUUGUUUUGUCAGAAUACACACAAGACUGGGAAUAAUGCCGUCAAAAUGUCCCAGGCAUUCCACAACAUUGCAUGAUUUGAACGUUUCACAGAUCUAAACCUGUUUAAAUAUGCAUUCAAUGUCAUUCAACACUUGGAAAUGGAUGCUUUAUAAUUUUAUUCGAUGGUGCUUAUUUUUUGGUAGCAGCUAUGGUAGAAGGAGAUGAAAGCAGUUGGCUAAGGAUGGCUAACUAGCCGGCGGUUGUGGCUGGCUACCGGCCCUUAUUGACAGUCCAGCUGGUAACAACAAAUUUUGGGCAUUGCUUUUAAGUCACUAGUGAGUAAAACUUCACAAUAAUUUUGUUGUUGUUUAUAGAAUGUUCUUGUGGUCAGUACUGUGGAUAUCAACAGAGAUGAUCUUGCUGAGUAAGUGACAUUAGAUCUCAUUAGAUACUAAAAUUAAUGUUAAUUAUUGUGAUGGUGGUGAUGUUGAUGGUAGUGAUGAUGAUGUAGUUGGUGAGAGUGAUACUUGUGUGGUUGAAGGUGAUGAUGAAGAAUUGUAACUGCUGAUCUAGCAGAAGAUGUUUGCUGUUACAUCUACAAGUAAUAUAGUCAACUCUUGCCUUGGGGUCCCCUAGCUAUAAAAGGCAAAAAUCCUCUGAAAAAUGAAUUACAAACACUAACAGAUUUACGCUAUUAAUAGCACUAACUCUCUACAGUAAUGUAAGUUGACUGUAUAAAGCGCUCAGCAAAUGGCCUUAUUUCUAAUCGUUAAAAUUUAUGAUUAUUUAUUUUUAUAUGUAAUUAGAUGUAGAGUGAGUAUAAAAUAUCGUAAUAUAAUAAAUUUUUUAAAAAAAAAAAAAAAAAAAUAUAAAAAAAAAAAUGUUUGGGGGGGGGGGGGGGGGGGGUACACUUGACCUGGCUUCACUGUAAACUAAUAUAUUAUUCAAUAAACUAACCCUUUUACAUUACUAUGAAGGUUGAAUACCAGUUUAACCUGAGAACAGAUUUUAUCUACAGCAUAAGCACCUUACACCACUGUCUUGUACUAGAGCACUACCUCAGUACUGUUUAUGUUUGCAACAGUUAAGGCAUAAAAUUUCUCAGUUUUAAAAAUUUUAAACAUGGUAAUUCUUUCUUGCUUUUCCAGUGCUCCUUUCACCAUUCAGAGACUUUGUGAACUAAUGGUGGAGCCAAGAAAAAAUUACAGUAAUAGCGAAAAGUUCAUGAGAGGAGUAGAGAAAGUAAGAGAUAAUCAGAGCUACAACAAACUUUGACAUUGCUUUUUAAGUCACUAGUGUGUAAAACUCAGAGCUGUCAAAAACUUUUUAAGUAGCUGGAUAAUAAUGAAUAGUAGGUGGCUUUGGAACUCACACCAAAGGCUCAAGUUCUUGAGGGCAGAAGUACUAGGGGUAUUUUGAAAUUUAGAGUCUCGGAAAUGGCAUUUCCAGGGGUUUUCAAGAGGUAUUUUCCACCAUGGAUGCCAAUGAUGUUGUUCCAUCAGAACACGCACAAGACUGGGAACAAUGCCGUCGAAAUGUCGCAGGCAUUCCACAACAUUGCACGAUUCAAACGAUUCACAGAUCUAAACUUGUUUAAAUAUGCAUUAAAUGUCAUUCAACACUUGGAAAUGGAUGCUUUAUAAUUUUAUUCGAUGGUGCUUAUUUUUUGUUAGCAGCUAUGGUAGAAGGAGAUGAAAGCAGCCAGCUAAGGAUAGCUAACUAGCCGGCGGUUGUGGCUGGCUACCGGCCCUUAUUGACAGCCCUGGUUACAACAAAUUUUUGGCAUUGCUUUUUAAGUCACUAGUGAGUAAAACUUCACAAUAAUUUUGUUGUUGUUUGUAGAAUGUUCUUGUGGUCAGUACUGUGGAUAUCAACAGAGAUGAUCUUGCUGAGUAAGUGACAUUAGAUCUCAUUAGAUACUAAAAUUAAUGUUAAUUAUUGUGAUGGUGGUGAUGCUUAUGGUAGUGAUGAUGAUGUUGUUGGUGAGAGUGAUACUUGUGUGGUUGAAGAUGAUGAUGAAGAAUUGUAACUGCUGAUCUAGCAGAAGAUGUUUGCUGUUACAUCUAUAUGUAAUAUAGUCAACUCUUGCCUUAGGGUCCCCUAGCUAUAAAAGGCAAAAAUCCUCUGAAAAAUGAAUUACAAACACUAACAGAUUUACGCUAUUAAUAGCACUAACUCUCUACAGUAAUGUAAGUUGACUGUAUAAAGCGCUCAGCAAAUGGCCUAAGAGGUACAGUUACACAAUGUAACUUUUGCCCUGCUGACACCUUUCCAUCACAGACACAAUAACAAUAAAGAACAGCAGCUUAUCCCUUCCAAACUUACAGACAUUUAAGUGAAUAAUAUAUCUCACUACAGUUGAAACUCCACUAAUGGCCACCUCUACACAACGGCCACCUCUCUACAAUGGCCACUCUUUUUGGUGAACAGUCCAUACGUUGGCUGUUGUUUAAACCUCUCUACCUCGGCCACUUUGUUGUCCUCAAGGUGGCUGUAAGGGAGAGGUCCAACUGUAUAACAGACACUUUUUUAGGUCCUGUCAGCCAAUUUCAUUGAUCUCACUCUUGUUAAGACAGACACCAAGCAGAAAGGAAAUUUUUCUCACACCCCAAAAUUACAGACUCUGGCUAUUGUGGACAUGAACUUGUGCACACUAGAUAUUGGAAGUUGACUGUACAAAGUGGAGAAAACAAUAUUCUGAUCACUUGGUAUACCUGGUACGUGAGUAAGGAUUGAACUAUCUGAAUUUUUUUUUCAGGAUGACCUUGACAAACAAUGUUGAUGGACAGCACAUGUUGUCUAACCUGCCCAAUGGUCCCGUUACAAAUGGAAUUAUGACUUACGCGAUCCCUUCUGAAGGGAACUCAGUGACUGAUCAUGGCUACAAUGAACGUGUUUCUCAUGUCACUCCUGAUAGUGUGAUAUCUCAAGUCACACCAGACUCAAAUGGAUCCACACCUCUUAAUGCUCAUGAAAAUGGACAUGAUCAACAAGAACAUUAUAACGAAAGUAGUUCAUCUGCUACAGAAUCCUCUCCUGUAGAAGAGUCUAAUCUUCCUGAACAACAACUUAGUGAGGAAAAGUGUGAGAGAGACAUGAACAAAGUUGAGGGAAAUGUGCCCCAGGAAGAGAAGGCGCCAGAAAUAGAAAAUAAAGAUCCUGGUUCGUGUCUGGAUGCUCAUGCCGAACAGAAUAAGAAAAGUUCAGAGGAAGAGAAACCGGAGCUAGCUUCUGAGCAAAGUAAGAAUUUUUGUGCAGAUGUUGUUAGGUACACAAAUCCAUAAUUCAAGCUUAUGAAUAAACCAUACUGGAACGGUCAAAAUGAGGUGUUGCAGUCCUGACUCUUUCUUUUCCUUCUAUCUCCUCCCCUCUAGUUGUUUUUCUUUUCUUGCGUCAUUUUUUCUCUUCUUCUGCUGGGCAUUUAGUAGGCUUUAUUUCAGUAGGAAAAGUUUUUGAGAAAGCUUUAAGUAUCUUAGAAUUAGAUGAAAAGAAAUUUAGGUAGGAAGUGGAAUAAGAUUUUCAUGGGAAUUUUCAGAUCCACAUUGCAUGGUUUCUUGCCUUUUUCUGUGGCAUCCUUGACAGAAUCAUGCUCAUUCUGGUAUGGUUUGAAAGAUCCCUUCACCCUGCACAAGUUAGCUGACAAAGUUGUCCUUGACCGUUAAAACUGAUGACAUCACAAGCAGUGGAAGGGACGUGGAUCUGUAGUAUGGAGUAUGGGUUAACAGACUUUUUGUUCCUUCAUUUUCAGAAACAGAAGCAGUUAGUGAGCAGACAGCAGAACAAGCAGAGAUCAAGGAAACAAGUCCAUCACCUACAAGUGAAGAAGAAGAGCCAAUGGAUGAGAACUAACAGACCAUUGUCAUUAAUUUAAUGUGGAAUAUGGUCGUGUAUUUUAGCAACUUAUUCAUUCUCCAUUCUACCAGUAUCCACAUGUACAGGCUGUAGUAAUGCCAUGAGUUAGCUGGAAAAAGGAAGAAUGCAAAACAACAGCUUACAACUGCUUUAUCGUCCAACCAGUUUUUAUUAUUUUGGGUGACUUAUUUGUUUGUUUGCUUUUUACAUGACAGUGUUUAAAAUGUCAUAUUACAGUCAAGCCAGGUCGAGCAUACACCCCAAGUUGCCAUUAAUGAAUUUAUUAUUUAAAAGUUGAUUCUGGUAGUAGUUGUAGAUUUCAGAUUCAUCUCUGCUUUCCUGAAUGUUUGAUGAGCAGUGAAUUCACACGCAAGAUAGUUAUGAAAUUUUUACCACGUCAGUUUUCUAAAAUUUGAUCUAAAUGUCUUCAAAGCAGUUUUAACCAUUGAAGAUUUGUCAAUCUGACCAAUAAUUACGUCGUAAAAAAUUUACUGCUCAUUUUUCAUGCAGGAGUGCAGAUAUGAAUUUGAUACUGGUUGAGGCAACGACCAACAGAUUCAUUUUUCAGAUAAACGAUUCAUUUAUGGAAUCUAUGGGCGUAUGCUUGACCUGGUGUGACUGUAGCUGAGACAUUCUUUGUCAUUGCAAUGUGAAGGUGAACGAACUUUAUCAUGAUACAUGUGAUCUCUUUAAAGUGCUUCUUGUUCACUUUGUUCGUAUCAUUCAGGAAGAGAACCUGAUACAAAUCUUUUUCAGAGUACAUUAGCACCCCAAGAACUUGAACUCGGGUAACUCAAUCUCCCUGCUAACUUGGUUAUCUUGAAUUCGAAUGACUUGAAUUUCCCUCUUGAAUUAAAUGUCCUUUUCAUUGAUUAAAAAUGUCACUAAAAUUUACUCCAGUAAUUCAAAUUCUGGUUCUUGUAUUAAUGUAACUCCACUCGGAUGCCAUCCCAUAAGCUCAGCCAUUUGUAUAAUCAGUAUAAAAAACACUUAAACUAACACUACAGCAAUUUAAUUUGAAUUGGUGCAAUGAACAGAUCACUGUACUAUACACUGAAGUGCUGAAAAAUCAAUAACUAUGAGUUAUUAACAUGGGAAAUUGAAUAUUCAUUCGAUGCUGAUAGCUCAAACCCCCGCUAACUUGAACUGUUCUGAGUUUGAGUUACUGGGGUUCGACAUUAUUAAUUUUGCAGUACCUGUCACCACAUCUGGAAACAAAAUGAAAAAAAAACAAAGGCAGCUAGAAGUACAAACAAAAGCAUCACUUUCUUUAAUUUUAGUUUUUUUCAGUAAAUUGUAGGGAGGUUAAAACAACCUCUACAAGAAUAGACAAGAUGAACUUUUUUUACCUUCUGUUAACUUUACUUAUUUUUCAUACACAGUUUUUUUUCUUCAGUUAGAGUUUUCAUCUAUGCCCUCAUUUUUAUUUUCUAAUAAAUAAGUAAUAAUUUACUGUAUAUUAUCAAAAUUUUAACUACUGACAUAAAGGGAAUCUUGUUUGAAAAUAUAUUUUCUUGUUUUACUGUAGAAGUCUUCAACCUUUUUCCAUCCAUACUAAAAUUAUUUAAACUCUCUCAACUGAGAGAGUUGUAUUGUAAAUGACUAUCAUGCAAAUCUUUCAUCUUUGAUUUCUCUCCUCUCCACAUAAAUAAAUUCUUAAAGCUCUAAAUUUCUUAUUUUUUACCAAUCCUUUGGGUUGCACCAGAACCAGGAUGGCACAUGAGAUUUUCUUCAUGCUAAGCUUCUUGUUUAGGCAUUAAAGGAUCCAACAAGAAAAUAUCCUAGACCCAUCAACUUAGAAAAUCUGUUGCAUUCAAGGUGAUUGCUCACUUAAACAGGGUACCCAAGUUUUAUUCAUGCAUUGGGAACCCAAAGAUAGUAGUAGGUGAAAGUGGUUGUGUCUGCCCUAAACUUGCUUGUUACACCUCCACUCUUAUCUAACAGGUCAUUUUUUCAAGCAUUCAUUUUCAUAUUUAAUGAGACCUUUGCGUACAAUAAUGUAUAAGAAGUCAAAACUGCAGUUUCAAUCUUUGAUCACUAAUUUAGUCAGCAUUAAAUCCUAAAAGAGUGACAUCUCAGCAAUUAAAGUCGGAGCUAACUGUCAUGUAGAAUAGUUAUUGAUGAAACUUCCAAUAAAGAAGUAAAUGAGUCAAGCAUUUAUUCUGGUUUUAGGCUGCCUGUUUCAAGGUUCAGGGAGUGGGGGGGGGGGGGGGGGCACCCCGGAUUGCAAGGGGUGGGGGAGCCUGCUAACAAGCUCUUCUGGAGCCCCCUGGCAAACGGGGGAAAAGGGGGGAGGGCUUGCGGGUACCUCUCCUUCCCCCCUUCCCCCCCCCCCCCCCAUACCCCCAGCAACCCCCGGGGAGCUUAUACAUGGAGAACCAUCAAGAGAGAGAAAUGCAAAAAAAUAGGAUGUGAUUUAGAUGUUGUAGUAGAAAUAUGUGUGAAGACGAUUAAAAAAAAAAGAAUUAGGGUCGAUGUUUUUUUUUUGGUGGGUGGGGGGUUGUGGGGGGGGGGGGGGGGGGGGGGGGGGGGGGGGGGGGGGGAGGGCACCCUGGAUUGCAGGUGUUGGGGUAGCCUGCUAACAAGCUCUUCUGGAGCACUCUGGCAACAGGGCGAAAAGGAGGGAGAGCUUGCAGUUACAUCUCCUUCCCCCCUUCUCUCCCCCACCACCAUAUCGCCAGUAACCCCAGGAGAGCUUGCUUGCAGGCUAGUGUUGGGGUUAAUAGAAAGAUUUAUGAAGGGUUAAAUUUUCCAUUCAGGGAUUUUGUGGGGGUAGAAAAAUUUGGCAGGUUUUUUUAUCUCCUGAUUUAAGUAGGGCUUUUGGGGGCAUUCAAAACAAUAAUUGGAAGGUUGGUGGAAGUGUCCAUGUAUACCAGCCACGUAGUUCUGCUAAUAAAGUAAAAAAAAGCACAUUACAUUGUAUCUCAAAAUAAAUAUGCUCCACAAAGUGUCCUGGUGUGCUUCCAACGAGGCUUUAUUUCAUUUAGUUGAUUUCUCAUCCGUCGUUCUCAUUACACACCAGGCUUUAUUGUCACAGAAAUGCCCUUUUGCCGUAGUGAAUUCUCAGACUCGGAAUUUUAGCAUGGAAUUGUUUUGUUUUUUUGUUUGUCUUUUUUUGGGGGGAAGAGGGGGUGCCUGGACUUGUAGGGAUGACGCGCACGGGAAAAUAUGAACGUGUGGUAUGGGAAAAGGGCCGACAAUCUCGGAGCCUGGAGAAGAGGCUACAGGGAGGUGGGUAGUUCUGGGUGGAAGCCCAAGGGAUUUUCUGUUUACUUUGAUCUUUUCCCCCAUUCUUCCCCAGCACUUGGAACCGCCCUUUGUUUCAGGUGUUCAUAUAGUAAGAACUAAAUGAGUAAUGUGAAGAUUAUUGAGUAGUUGUGAUAUUUUCAGGCUUGAUCAUUUUGACUUGGGUUUAAUUUGGGUAACCACAAGCACAAGGGGAAAAGAUCGCCCCCUUUUUGAUACCCGCAAAGCCUCAUGGGAUACUUAGGAAAGGUCUGGAGGUCGAGGCCUACAGCAAACAAGUUUGAUCGUAAGUUGAGUGCAUGAUACAAAACAAGAGGUAAAAUAUAACUUCCUCCAUCCUUUUUUUAAUCGGAAGGAAGCAUAACCUCAAGUCAAGCCAGUAAGGUAAGAUUUUUAGACCUAGACUGACCAAAGCAUUGACUGAAGUUCCAAGCUUGGCUUUAGUCCAAAGGCGAUGUGCACACUAUGUACGUAACCGGAUAUCGUUUUGUGCCGGCUUGUGUUUACACUUAAGGACGGUGAUUUCGGGGCGAUCUCUGCGACGGAGCAAAGCUCUGCGCCGAUCUCUAAAGUGGAGAGUCACGUAUCGGAUAGGUUUUCAUAACUAUACCGUCACGAAGUUCGAAAAUCUAUCCGGUAGCCCAAGGCAUGAAAAUAGUUUCGACGCUUGUUUAUUAACUUCAAAUAAUGAUCCUUUUUUCCAUCAGAUCUGUAGUUGCUUCUUGCCAUCUUAUUCAAACGUAGCAAACAGUUGCAGUGAUCACAUUUUGAAAUACCUUAAAUGUUUACUCAAAUUUUGCUCCAACCACAAAAGAUUAAUUUACAUAACGCAAUCUGUGGUUUAAUGUUUCUAGACUAUGUCAGUUAUCAUCCUCUCCUUUCCAAUUUCGCUAGCAAGGAAUAUCUUCGGUUCAGACCAGUGAAAGGUUUGCAAGAUAUUAUAGAACUUAAUGACAGAUUUGCUUUUUCCUGCAGGCAUAAUUGUAAAGCAUGGGUGGUAACCAUAGCAACCUGCCUCCUAAACCACUGGGGUUUGAAUACAUGUGCAUAGCGGUUCGUACAACUGACAGGCUUCGCAUCAUACUUGGUGGUGACCAUGAGGCAGCCAUCAUACGUCAGAUUAUACAAGAUACAUGGCUCAAAGGGAUACAAAAAGAAACAUUUGAACUUAAUGGAGUUUUUGAGUUCAAGUUGAAGGGCAAUCCAUUUUCUCCUGCUUCUUCAUCAAGUGAUGCGGUGGCUUGUAGGAGAAUGGCUGAGAGAAUUUUGCACAGGCUCUACCGAGAUGGAUGGAAGCUUCAAAUGUCAACUAAUUUAACUCGCACAGGUGAUUUGUCUUCUUGGAUAUUCAAGAAAGUUGCAGUUGCAGAAUUAUCUUCUCAGCCAUUUCUCAUAAUUGGUCUCAGCAGCUGGGACAGUUUGAUGGUACUCAAUGCUCCAAUGGAUCUGCACCAAGUUCUCAAAGAUGCCAUAGAGAGAUCAUGGCCUAAAGGUAUCCAAAAGUGGACGUAUGAGAAUGAAGUACUGUUAAUCAAGCUAAAAGGUUACCCCUGGCGACCAGAUGGUGAAGAGGCAGUUUAUUCAAGAGCAGUGCUUCAAACUAUUAUCAGUGAUCUAAUACCCAGACAAUGGAAUUUAUAUGGCAACUCCAACAUCAGAGGUGACAGCAACACUCUGUUCUUCGAACACAAUCCAAGCAUGGUACCAGGGCAGCCUCCUCCCGCACAGUUUAUCAUCAGCUUCAACAGUGAUGACUUACUGAGGCUCAUUGGAGCUCCAGACACCAUGGUGUCGACUGUCCGAAGCACCAUCCAGAGUUUUUGGCACAAGGGAAUCAAGGAAGAAAAACGCUAUGCAGAGAGUUGGCAGUUUAAGCUGAAGGGAUAUCCAUGGUGGGCGUCAGGAGAGGAGGCAGUAGAAUCACGAUUUCUAGUCAUGAAGCUGAUGGAAGCUCUGUUACCAUAUGGAUGGACCCCUGUUGCUGCCAUUGAUAGCUCAAGGAAAGACUCUGAUAAGAGUUCUCUGCUCUUCAGAUUAAUGCAACCAAGGCAGGCACCCUUUUUCUGUAUGAGUAUGAAUGAGUCAGACAAACUGCGACUGAUCAAUGCACCAGAAGAUGUUACCAAGGUAUGGUGUGACCCACCUACAUUAGUAGAUAAUGGUAACAGUGCUCGACACUAAUGCUAGUCCACUAGCCCAGGACUAGUGAAACUUUAGGCUGGGCUAGUAAAAAUAUGCUUCUACUAGCCCCUAGACCAGUUAAACAAGUUGACAAAAUAGUUUUUCUAAAACUCUUUUACUUGGGAAGUUCUUUUUCUAAAACGCUUUAUCACUAGUUUGUUUGUUUGUUUGCUGUGGGAGCGUAUAUUUGGGCAUCAAUGUACUAGGCGUGUGUGAAGUUUUUUUAUUUGGGUGUCACCCAAACAGAGUAAUCAAGUUUGUUUGUUUUGAUUCAAAGUUGCAAUAGGCACACAAUACAUGCGAAAGUAAACAAGCCAAGUGACACAAAUGUCUGCCGUGCACUGUCACAAUGUUCACAGCAUUUAUCUUCGUUACAAUGCACUGCCAGCAAAUGUGCAAUAGAAAACAAAUUUUUUGUAAAAACAAAGAACACUGAGUGAAACAAAUUAUUGAAUAAUUUAAAAAGGGGGGGCUUGAAAGAGGAUUUAUGGUAGGCACCAUGUGAAAGUACAGAACAACAAAUUGCCUAUUUUUCCACCUAUCUAGAUCUGCCAAGAUGUCAUUCAAACUCAGUAUGUUCUUGGCGUUCAACGAGUGCAGACCUAUGGCACUAGCCUGGAGUUCAAGCUGUCGGGUAAUCCAUGGAGCUCAUUUAUGGAUGGUCAUGAUGGAAUCCAUGCCAGAAAUUUGGUAUGCCACUUAAUUAGUGCCCUUUCAGGUCGAGGUUGGAUAGCUGUGACUGCUGCUGAUGUAUCUGCAAAGUAUGUCCAUCAAGACAAUGGUCCAGAUUAUCCUAUUGAUGUCGACAGCAUCUUCUUCUUAUAUGAUCCUUCAGCUGUAGCUGCUGCACCCACAGCUCCACCGCUGCAGCUACCAUACCCUCAGUUGUAUCCUCAACCAUUCACACAGCCCUAUCCUCAGCCCUUCCCACAGCCUUAUCCUCCACCUCCAGCUUACGGCUUCGCUCAGCAGGGUGCUCCGCCCCCUUUUGAUCCACCAGCCUAUGGGGCCUUUUCUAAUCAGUGA